AUGGGGAUGCCUGGAGGGGUCUCAAUGCUCCUACUCCUGCUGCUCAACACCAGAAGGAUUUCAGAGGUGAAUGAAGCUGUUGAUUCGACACCGGAACCUGAAGUUGCUUCAACAGAGCCAGUUUACGAUACUCAACCAACACCAGUGCCUGCACCGUAUGAUGGGGAAGUUCGUCUUGUUAAUGGAGGAAACAGCUCAUGCUCUGGCCGAGUGGAAAUCUUCCUCCGUGGACAGUGGGGAACAGUGUGUGACGAUAUCUGGGAUCUGCACCAUGCACAGGUUGUGUGUAGGCAGUUGGGCUGUGGCAGGGCCCUGUCAGCACCCCAGAUGGCUCGCUUUGGACAAGGCACAGGGCCCAUUUGGCUGGAUAAUGUCAGAUGCACCGGAAAUGAAGAAAAGCUCGGUGAGUGCAGUCACCAAGGGAUUGGCUCACACAACUGUGGUCACAAUGAGGAUGCUGGAGUCGUUUGUGAAGCUGCUUCACCUGUAAGGCUGGUCAACUCGGACAAUCGCUGCUCUGGAAGGGUUGAGGUCUACCACAGCGGACAGUGGGGAACUGUGUGUGACGACAUAUGGGACCUCACCAAUGCCCAAGUGGUGUGCAGACAGUUAGACUGUGGCAGAGCUCGUUCAGCACUGCAAAAUGCAGCUUUUGGGCCAGGGACUGGCCCCAUCUGGUUGGAUGAUGUCCGUUGUUUUGGAAAUGAAACUUCAAUAACAAGCUGCAGACAUCUUGGAUUUGGCAGUCACAACUGUGGGCAUGGGGAAGAUGCCAGUAUCGUUUGUGAAGUUAACGGAAAUGGUCAUCCUUCACCGGAACCUGAAGUUGCUUCAACAGUGCUUGCUUACGAUACCCAACCAACAUCAGUACCUGGAGCGUAUGAUGGGGAAGUUCGCCUAGUUAAUGGAGGAAACAGCUCAUGCUCUGGCCGAGUGGAGAUCUUCCUCCGUGGACAGUGGGGAACAGUAUGUGACGAUAUCUGGGGCCUGAACCAUGCAGAAGUUGUGUGUAGGCAGUUGGGCUGUGGCAGGGCCCUGUCAGCACCCCAGAUGGCUCGCUUUGGACAAGGCACAGGGCCCAUUUGGAUGGAUAAUGUCAGAUGCACCGGAAAUGAAGAAAAGCUCGGUGAGUGCAGUCACCAAGGGAUUGGCUCACACAACUGUGGUCACAAUGAGGAUGCUGGAGUCGUUUGUGAAGAUUUUUUUUUGCUGUAGUGUCUAGUUUUUCGGGUCCUCCAAGCUAAUUCUUUGAUAUGUAUUGUAAUGUUAGCUGCUUCACCUGUAAGGCUGGUCAACUCGGACAAUCGCUGCUCUGGAAGGGUUGAGGUCUACCACAGCGGACAAUGGGGAACUGUAUGUGACGACAUAUGGGACCUCACCAAUGCCCAAGUGGUGUGCAGACAGUUAGACUGUGGCAGAGCUCGUUCAGCACUGCAAAAUGCAGCUUUUGGGCCAGGGACUGGCCCCAUCUGGUUGGAUGAUGUCCGUUGUUUUGGAAAUGAAACUUCAAUAACAAGCUGCAGACAUCUUGGAUUUGGCAGUCACAACUGUGGGCAUGGGGAAGAUGCCAGUAUCGUUUGUGAAGUUAACGGAAAUGGUCAUCCUUCACCGGAACCUGAAGUUGCUUCAACAGUGCUUGCUUACGAUACCCAACCAACAUCAGUACCUGGAGCGUAUGAUGGGGAAGUUCGCCUAGUUAAUGGAGGAAACAGCUCAUGCUCUGGCCGAGUGGAGAUCUUCCUCCGUGGACAGUGGGGAACAGUAUGUGACGAUAUCUGGGGCCUGAACCAUGCAGAAGUUGUGUGUAGGCAGUUGGGCUGUGGCAGGGCCCUGUCAGCACCCCAGAUGGCUCGCUUUGGACAAGGCACAGGGCCCAUUUGGCUGGAUAAUGUCAGAUGCACCGGAAAUGAAGAAAAGCUCGGUGAGUGCAGUCACCAAGGGAUUGGUUCACACAACUGUGGUCACAAUGAGGAUGCUGGAGUCGUUUGUGAAGGUAAGAUGAACUGAACUGCUUCACCUGUAAGGCUGGUCAACUCGGACAGUCGCUGCUCUGGAAGGGUUGAGGUCUACCAUAAUGGACAAUGGGGAACCGUGUGUGACGACAUAUGGGACAUCACCAAUGCCAAAGUGGUGUGCAGACAGCUGGACUGCGGCAGGGCUCGUUCAGCACUGCAAAAUGCAGCUUUUGGGCCAGGGACUGGCCCCAUCUGGUUGGAUAAUGUCCGUUGUUUUGGAAAUGAAACUUCAAUAACAAGCUGCAGACAUCUUGGAUUUGGGAGUCACAACUGUGUUCAUGGGGAAGAUGCCAGUGUUGUUUGUGAAGGUGACAAAGCAAGAGCAUCUAUGAUCCUGUUCCGAAACUCCAACUUUACCGAGGCUUAUUCAGCUGGUGCGGUUGUCCUUCCCGUGGGCUCACCAUUGUAUGUCGGCGUCUCUGUGCUCAAGAGAGAUACCAGCUUUGCCCUUGUUUUGGAGGAUUGCUUUGCCUCUCAUUCCUCAAACCCUGACUACCCUGAGCGAUACGCUCUCAUCCACAACAAGACCCCUUGUAUAGAAAACCUGACCUAUAAAUUUCCUCACACUUUCGUCGCUGAAAACAUCACCACCAGUUCCUGGACUCCAUCCUUAUCAGAUCAACAAGUUACAACUACUGGGACAAUCCCAAGUGUAGAUGAGGGGGAAGUCCGCCUUGUUAAUGGAGGAAAUAGCUCGUGCUCUGGCCAAGUGGAAAUCUUCCUUCGUGGACAGUGGGGAACAGUGUGUGAUGAUUUGUGGGACCUGAAGGAUGCACAAGUGGUGUGCAGACAGUUGGGCUGUGGCAGGGCCCAGGCAGCCCUCUAUGGUGGCUUUGGACAUGGAAAAGGGCCCAUUUGGUUGGAUCGUGUCAGAUGCACUGGAAAUGAAUCAAACCUUGGUGAAUGCAGUCACCAUGGGAUUGGAGUGCACAAUUGCAGUCACGCUGAAGAUGCUGGAGUGUUUUGUGAAGCUGCUUCACCUGUGAGGCUGGCCAACUCUGACAACCGCUGCUCUGGAAGGGUUGAGGUCUAUCAUAAUGGACAAUGGGGAACUGUGUGUGACGACAUAUGGGACUUAACCAAUGCCAAUGUGGUGUGCAGACAGUUGGACUGUGGCAGGGCUCGUUCAGCACUGCAAAGUACAGCUUUUGGAGAGGGCAGUGGACCCAUUUGGUUGGAUGAUGUCCGCUGUUUUGGAAAUGAAACUUCAAUGACAGGCUGCAAACAUCUCGGUUUUGGGAGGCACAAUUGUGUUCACAGGGAGGAUGUCAGCGUUGAAUGCGAAGGCACCCAACCAUCACUCAGGCCUUCACACCUUAUUUGUGGCCCUGACAAAAUUCAAGUAGGCCUGGAUUCAGCUAACGUAAGAAGUGCUGGUUAUAACCCAAUCUCUGGCAACCUGGCAGUCCGCAACUGUUCCCUGGUCAGAGUGCAAGGCAAUAUUGUGUGGUACGAAGCUGAUGCGCAGGCAGAUGCUUGUGGAAACACACUGACGACCAACAGCACACAUGCAAUCUACUCCAAUAGUUUAUUUAUCUACCCUUUAAACAACACAUCCUUCUCUCCCGCUGUAAGUCUUCCUUUCUCAUGUGCCUAUCCCCUGGACACAGAAAGCCUGCUCAACGUGGCCAUCAAACCAUUCCUGAAUCUGGAAGGUGGCAUUGUUGCCUCUGGUGACAAAGCCAUAGCCUCCAUGAUCCUGUUCCGGAACUCCGACUUUACUGCGCCUUAUUCAGCGGGUUCUGUCGUCCUUCCAGUGGGUUCACCAUUGUAUGUUGGGGUCUCUGUGCACAAGAAAGAUCCCAGCUUGGCAGUUGUCUUAGAGGAUUGCUUCGCCUCUCAUUCCUCAAACCCUGAUAACCCUAAACGAUACUCUCUUAUCCACAAGAAAUGUUCCGCUGACCGCCAACAAGUGUUUGUGGUUGAGAGUGGUUCAUCCCUGCGGGCUCGUUUUACUGCCCUAUUCUUCCUGAUUGAUGGAGAAUACAAAGAUGUUUACAUCCACUGUAGCCUCAGCCUGUGUGACCAAAGGAGGUACUCGUGCAUUCCGCCGUGCACAAGGAGAGGACGACGCUCUGUUUCGGAUUCUGCUCCAAUGAAGCCGCUCACCAUCGGUCCAAUCACUUUAGAGGCCGACGUAUGGUCCAUUAUGGGGAUGCCAAGAGGAGUAUUGUUGUUCCUAAUUUUGAAGCUCAUUACAAAAGGAUCAGGUUCAAUUGUUUCCAGCUGUGAUGCAUGCCAUAAAAAAGCAACGUGCCAAGAGUCACAGGAACGAACCGACUCCUUUAACGGCUUCUCAUGUGUCUGUAAAGAUGGCUUUGUUGGCGACGGUGUCAGCUGUUACAAUACCUUAUUGUGUAGUGAUGGGUCUUGCUGCAGCAAAGGUUAUGAGUGGUCACCUGCCAGUGGCUGUGUGGACAUUGAUGAAUGCUUGCUCCCGGACACACAAUGCACAGGAUCUCAAGUUUGCCAAAACAAACCAGGCUCCUAUGAAUGCCUAAAGCCUGUUUCAAUCUCCAGAUCCUCCCUUUCAUCACAAUCAGUUCAGUUCACAUGUGGGAACACAGUCUGUCCAGCAGGCAUGGAUUGCAUUGGAAAUAAUGGCACAAGCUGCGCUGACCCUUGUGACCUCUAUAGAGUCCUGGAUGACUUUUGGCGUUCAAAGCAUUAUGAAAGCCCUCAUCACAACCUUAUAAAAUGUGACCGAACCGUUGAGUGGCAAGGCUGGUAUCGCUUAUUCCUCGGACGAAAGAGUGCACGUAUCCCUGAGGGAUGUGUCCCUGGAUUCAUGUGUGGAACUCAUUUCACCAUGACUCUAGCAGAACCCCAUCCCACACAGUUUGAUGUCAUUGAAUCCCGUGCUGUGUGUAACAGCUGGAGGGAUGAAUGCUGCAGUUUUAAUUCAACGCCCAUUCAUGUGAAGCGCUGCUCCACAGCAGCUUCCAACUACUAUGUCUACAAACUUGUGAAGCCAAGCACGUGUAUUCGGGCAUACUGUUCAGAGGUUAGUGAAACAAAUUAUUUGACGACACCUGAAGCUACUUCAAUGGCGCAAAAAACAACUGUCACUAGAACAACAACUGCUAUGGGAAGGACAACAGCCCCGGUCUUCCACAAUACUACACAAGCUCACACUAAUUCCACAACAGAAACAACCACUAGGAGAAAUACGACCUAUUCUUUCCCAACAACUACAAUUCCAAGUUUAGCUGAAGGGGAAGUCCGUCUGGCUAAUGGAAGAAACAGCUCGUGCUCCGGGAGAGUGGAAAUCUUCCUCCGUGGGCAGUGGGGAACAGUGUGUGAUGAUCUCUGGGACCUGAGGGCUGCACAAGUUGUGUGUAGGCAGUUGGGCUGUGGCAGGGCCCUGGCAGCCCCCUACGGAGCCUUUGGACCUGGCAGAGGGCCAAUUUGGUUGGAUAGUGUCAGAUGCACCGGAAAAGAAUCAAUGCUUAAAGAGUGCAGUCACCAAGGGAUUGGCGUGCACAAUUGCAGUCACUCUGAAGACGCUGGAGUGGUUUGUGAAGCCGCUUCACCUGUGAGGCUGGUCAACUCUGACAACCGCUGCUCUGGAAGGGUUGAGGUCUAUCAUAAUGGACAAUGGGGAACUGUGUGUGAUGACAUUUGGGACCUCACCAAUGCCCAGGUGGUGUGUAAACAGUUGGACUGUGGCAGAGCUCGUUCAGCACUGCAAAGUGCGGCGUUUGGUCAGGGCAGUGGACCCAUCUGGUUGGAUGAUGUCCGGUGUUUUGGGAAUGAAACUUCAAUAACGAGCUGCACACAUCGUGGUUUUGGGAGGCACAACUGUGUUCACAGGGAGGAUGCCAGCGUUGUAUGUGAAGGCACCCAACCUUCAAUCAGGAUUUCUCACCUUGUUUGUGGCCCUGACAAAAUUCAAGUAGGUCUGAAUUCAGUUAGCGUAAGAAGUGCUGGUUAUGACCCACUCUCUGGGAACCUUGCGGUCCGAAACUGUUCCUGGCUCAGGGUUCAAGGUGAUGUUGUGUGGUAUGAAGCCGAUGCAUGGGCGGAUGCCUGUGGAAACACACUGAAGACCAACAGAACACAUGCGAUCUACUCCAAUAGUAUAUUUAUCUACCCAUUGAACAACACAUCCUUCUCUGUUGCUACGAGUCUUCCUUUCUCGUGCGCCUAUCCUCUGGACACAGACAGCAGGCUAAAUGUGGCAAUCAUACCAUCCCUCGGUCUGGAAGGUGGUAUUGUUGCCUCUGGUGACAAAGCUAUAGCCUCCAUGAUCCUCUUCCGAAACUCCAACUUUACUGAACCUUAUUCAGCGGGUGCUGUCGUCCUCCCAGUGGGUUCACCAAUGUAUGUUGGGGUCUCUGUGCUCAAGAAAGAUCCCAGCUUGGCAGCUGUUUUGGAGGAUUGCUUUGCCUCUCAUUCCACAAACCCUGACUACCCUGAGCGAUACUCUCUUAUCCACAACAAAUGUCCUACUGACCGCCAACAAGUGUCCGUAGUUGAAAGUGGUUCAUCCUUGCGGGCUCAUUUCUCUGCCCUCUUCUUCUUGCUUGAUGGGGAGCACCGAGAAGUUUACCUCCACUGCAGCCUCAGCCUGUGUGAUCGAAGGAAGUUCUCGUGCAUUCCGCCUUGCACAAGGAGAGUACAACGCUCUGUCUCAGAUUCUACUCCACUGAAGCCGCUCACCAUUGGUCCAAUCACUUGUUCAGUUGUCUCCAGCUGUAAUGCGUGCCAUCGCAAAGCAAUCUGUCAAGAGUCACUUAAAAGAGGCGACUCCUUAACUGGCUUUUCAUGUGUCUGCAAAGAUGGCUUCAUAGGUGAUGGUCUCAGUUGUUACAAUACCUUAGUCUGUAGCAACGGCUCCUGCUGUAGUCGUGGUUAUGAGUGGGCACCUGGCAUUGGCUGCGUGGACGUUAACGAGUGCUCACUCCCUGAAGCACCAUGCACAGCACCUCAGGUUUGCCAAAACACACCAGGCUCCUAUGAAUGCCUCAAACCUGCAUCACUCUACCGUUCCUCUCUUUCAUCACAAUCAGUCGAGUUCACUUGUGGAAACAUAGUUUGUCCAGCAGGUACGGAUUGCAUUGAAAAUAAUAGCACAAGCUGCGCUGACCCUUGCGAGAGGUACACAGUUCUGGAUGACGACUGGCGUUCAACACAAUUUAGUAAUUCUAAUCAAGCAAGAUGUGACCGAAAUCUUGAGUGGCGGGGCUGGUAUCGCAUGCUUCUGGGUGGCAACAGUGCACACAUUCCUGAGAGAUGUAUAGCUGAAAACAUGUGUGGAACCCACGCACCUUUGUGGAUAACAGAAGAUCAUCCAACACAGUUUGAUGUGAUUUCAAGUCGUACCGUGUGUAAUGCCUGGUCGGGAGAAAGCUGUCAUUUUAGUUCACACAAAAUCCAUAUCAAACGUUGCUUUGCAGCGGCUACCAGCUUCUAUGUGUACAAACUUUUGAAGCCAUCAACAUGCCAUCUUGCUUAUUGUGCAGAGGUUGAUGGAACUAGGUAUUCUACACCGGAAUCUGACAUUGCUUCAACAGAGGCAGAUACCCAACCAACAUUAGUACCUGCAGCGUAUGAUGGGGAAGUUCGUCUUGUUAAUGGAGGAAACAGCUCAUGCUCUGGCAGAGUGGAAAUCUUCCUCCGUGGACAGUGGGGAACAGUGUGUGACGAUAUUUGGGGCUUGAACCAUGCACAAGUAGUGUGUAGGCAGUUGGGCUGUGGCAGGGCCCUGUCAGCACCCCAGAGAGCUCGCUUUGGACAAGGCACAGGGCCCAUUUGGCUGGAUAAUGUCAGAUGCACCGGAGACGAAUCAAAGCUCGGUGAGUGCAGUCACCAAGGAAUUGGAUCACACAACUGUGGUCACAAUGAGGAUGCUGGAGUGGUUUGUGAAGGUAAGAAGAAAAAAGUGAAGAAUUGUGUUACAAGAACUGAUGUUUCCAAUGAACAUUAUUAAGAAAAUAUUUCUGCUACACCUGUAAGGCUGGUCGACUCUGACAACCGCUGCUCUGGAAGGGUUGAGGUCUACCACAGUGGACAAUGGGGAACUGUGUGUGAUGACAUAUGGGACCUCACCAAUGCCCAAGUGGUGUGCAGACAGUUGGACUGUGGCAGAGCUCGUUCAGCACUGCAAAAUGCAGCUUUUGGUCCAGGCACCGGCCCCAUCUGGUUGGAUAAUGUCCGUUGCUUUGGAAAUGAAACUGCAAUUACAAACUGCAGACAUCUUGGAUUUGGGAGGCACAACUGUGUUCACGGGGAAGAUGCCAGUGUUAUUUGUGAAGACACUCAGCCUUCUCUCAGACCAUCUCACCUUUUUUGUGGCCCUGACAAGAUCCAAGUUGGCCUGGAUUCAGUUAGUUUCAGAAGUGCUGGUUAUGACCCACUCUCUGGCAACCUGGCGGUCCGCAACUGUUCCCUGGUCACGGUGCAAGGCAAUGAUGUGUUGUACGAAGUUGAUGCGCAAGCAGGUGCCUGUGGAAACACGCUGAUGACCAACAGCACACAUGCAAUCUACUCCAAUAGCUUAUUUAUCUACCCUUUGAACAACACGUCCUUCUCUCCCGCUUUAAGUCUUCAUUUCUCAUGUGCCUAUCCACUGGACACAGAAAGCCUGCUUAAUGUGGCCAUCAAACCAUUCCUGAAUCCGGAGGAUGUUAUUGUUUCCUCUGGUGACAAAGCCAGGGCCUCCAUGAUCCUGUUCCGGAACUCCGACUUUACUGAGCCUUAUUCAGUGGGAGUUGUCGUCCUCCCAGUGGGUUCACCAUUGUAUGUUGGGGUCUCUGUGCUCAAGAAUGAUCCCAGCUUGGCAGUUGUUUUGGAAGAUUGCUUCGCCUCUCAUUUCACAAACCCUGACUACCCUGAGCGAUACUUUCUUAUCCACAACAAAUGUCCUACUGACCGCCAACAAGUGUCCGUAGUUGAGAGUGGUUCAUCCUUGCGGGCUCGUUUCUCUGCCCUCUUCUUCCUGCCUGAUGGGGAAUACCGAGACGUUUACCUCCACUGCAGCCUCGGCCUGUGUGACCGAAGGAGGUUCUCAUGCAUUCCGACUUGCACAAGGAGAGUACAACGCUCUGUCUCAGAUUCUAAUCCAUUGAAGUCGCUCACCAUUGGUCCAAUCACUUGGCCCUCAAGGGUGCAUGGGAGUUUGCCCAACGAGUCUACGUGUUUUGUGGAUCUGGAGAAAGCUUUCGAUUGGUGCGAGAGACAGUCCGGGAGUCCUGUCAACGGUGCUCCUGGAGUGCGGGGUACCAAGCCCCUUGGUUCAGUUGUCUCCAGCUGUAAUGCGUGUCAUCACAAAGCAAUCUGUCAAGAGUCACUUAAAAGAGGCGACUCUUUAACUGGCUUUUCGUGUGUCUGCAAAGAUGGCUUCGUAGGCGAUGGUCUCAAUUGUUACAAUACCUUAGUCUGUAGCAACGGCUCCUGCUGUAGUCAUGGUUAUGAGUGGGCACCUGGCAGUGGCUGCGUGGACGUUAACGAGUGCUCACUCCCUGAAAAACCAUGCACAGCACCUCAGGUUUGCCAAAACACACCGGGCUCAUAUGAAUGCCUCAAACCUGCAUCACUCUACCGUUCCUCCCUUUCAUCACAAUCAGUCGAGUUCACUUGUGGAGACAUAGUUUGUCCAGCAGGCAUGGACUGCAUUGAAAAUGAUGGCACAAGCUGCGCUGACCCUUGCAAGAGGUACACAGUUCUGGAUGACAACUGGCGUUCAACACAAUUUAGUAAUUCUAACCAGGCAAGAUGUGACCGAAAUCUUGAGUGGCGAGGCUGGUAUCGCCUGCUUCUGGGUGGCAACAGUGCACACAUUCCCGAGAGAUGUAUAGCUGAAAACAUGUGUGGGACCCAUGCACCUUUGUGGAUAACAGAAGAUCAUCCAACGCAGUUUGAUGUGAUUUCAAGUCAUACCGUGUGUAAUGCAUGGUUGGGAGAAUGCUGUCAUUUUAGUUCACACAAAAUCCAUAUUAAGCGUUGCUCUGCAGCACCUACCAGCUUCUACGUGUACAAACUUGUGAAGCCAUCAACAUGCAAUCUUGCUUAUUGUGCAGAGGUUGAUGGAACUAGGCAUUCUGCAUGGGAAUCUGAAGCUGCUUCAACAGCAGCUUACACUACCUCACCAUCGUCAGUACCCGCAGCAGAUGAGGGGGAUGUCCGUCUCGCUAAUGGAGUAAAUGGCUCCUGCUCUGGCAGAGUGGAAAUCUUCUUCCGUGAACAGUGGGGAACAGUGUGUGACGAUAUUUGGGGCCUGAACCAUGCACAAGUAGUGUGUAGGCAGUUGGGUUGUGGCAGGGCCCUGUCAGCACCCCAGAUGGCUCGCUUUGGACAAGGUACAGGGCCCAUUUGGCUGGAUAAUGUCAGAUGCACUGGAAAUGAAGAAAAGCUCGGUGAGUGUAGUCACCAAGGGAUUGGCUCACACAACUGUGAUCACAAUGAGGAUGCUGGAGUGGUUUGUGAAGGCAUCCCAACUCCACUCAGGCCUUUUGACCUUAUUUGUGGCUCUGAAAAAAUUCAAGUAGGCCUAAAUACAGCGAGCCUAAGAAGUACUGGUUACAACCCACUCUCUGGCAACCUGGCAGUCCGAAAUUGCUCCUGGGUCAGGGUGCAAGGUGAUAUCGUGUGGUAUGAAGCUGAAGCGCAGGCAGAUGCCUGUGGAAACACACUAACGACCAAUGGCACACAUGCCAUCUACUCCAAUAGCUUAUUCAUCUACCCAUUGAACAACACAUCCUUCUCUCCUGCUGCGAGUCUUCCUUUCUCGUGCGCCUAUCCCCUGGACACAGCCAGCAGACUAGAUGUGGCCAUCAGACCAUUCCUGAAUCCAGAAGGUGGUGUUGUAGGUUCAGGUGACAAAGCCAGAGCCUCCAUGAGCCUGUACAGGAACGCCAACUUUACUGAGCCUUUUUCACCAGGUGUGGUCACGCUUCCAGUGGGUUCACCAUUGUAUGUUGGGGUCUCUGUUCACAAGACAGAUACUAGUUUUGCAGUUGUUUUAGAGGACUGCUUUGCCUCUCAUUCCACAAACCCUGACUACCCUGAGCGAUACUCUCUUAUUGACAACAAAUGUCCCAUUGACCGUCAAGAAGUGUUCAUAGUUGAGAGUGGUUCAUCCCUGCUGGCUCGUUUCACUGCCCUAUUCUUCCUGAUUGAUGGAGAAUACAGAGAUGUUUACCUCCACUGUAGCCUCAGCCUGUGUGACCGAAGGAGGUUCUCGUGCAUUCCACCUUGCACAAGGAGAGUACAACGCUCUGUCUCAGAUACUACUCCAAUGAAGCAACUCACCAUUGGCCCAAUCAUAUAUGACAUUCUUAUUUUUUCCAGAGACCUCGAUGAGCACAGACAGCACGUUCGGCUGGUCCUACAGAGGCUGCUCGAGAACCGUUUGUAUGUUAAAGCUGAGAAGUGCAAGUUUCAUGCACGAUCGGUCCAGUUUCUGGGGUUCAUUGUGGAGAAGGGCCAGUUGAGAGCAGAUCCAGCCAAGAUACAGGCUGUGGUCGAGUGGCCUUCUCCGACAUCAAGGAAGCCCUUGCAAAGGUUCCUCAGGUUUGCCAACUUCUAUCGGCGCUUCAUUCGCAACUACAGUCAGAAGGCCGAACCUUUGACAAAGCUUACAUCCAUAAAAGUUCAGUUUAAAUGGACCCCAGAGGCCGAGGCUGCUUUUGUAGCACUAAAACGAGCUUUUACGUGUGCCCCUGUUCUCACUCACCCUAAUACUGAUUUGCCGUUUGUCGUUGAGGUGGAUGCAUCGGAUUCAGGAGUGGGGGCGGUCCUGUCUCAGCGUUCCCCAGUCGACCAGAGGGUUCACCCCUGCACCUUCUUCUCACGUCGUCUCAGUCCCGCUGAACAAAACUACGACCUUGGUAACUGGGAGCUGCUGGCCAUCGUCCUUGCACUACAGGUGUGGAGGCACUGGUUGGUGGGAACAUCUGAGCCGAUCGAAAUCUUUACAGACCACAAGAACCUGGCAUACAUCAGGCGCCCCGGGUCUCGCAACACAAAGCCGGAUGCCUUGAUAAGGACCUUCAGCCCUGUCCACCAUGAGUCUGUUCCGGAGCCUCUUGUGCCUGCGGUCCGUGUGUUGGGAGCACUACAGUGGGAGGUGGAGAGGAAGGUCGCCAGGUCCUUGCAAGACGGGGCUGUACCAGUCGGGUGCCCAAAGGACAGACUGUUCGUGUCUCAGGAACACAAAUCAGACGUCCUACAAUGGGGACACACCUCGAAGGUUGCCUGCCACCCAGGGGUCUCACGGACACAGUUCCUGAUCUCCCAGAAGUUCUGGUGGCCUGGGAUGAAAGACGAUAUCCAGGAAUUCGUUCUUGCUUGCUCAGUAUAUGCCCGCAACAAGGCAUCCCAUCAUGCCCCCUCUGAUUUCCUGCGCCCACUACCGAUUCCGUCCCGUCCAUGGUCCCACAUUGCCUUGGAUUUUUUCUCAGGUCUUCCUGUCUCCCGGGGAAAGACCGUGGUGCUGACUGUCGUCGACAGGUUCUCAAAGAUGGGACACUUCAUACCUCUGCCCAAGCUGCGUACCGCUCUAGAGACUGCAAAUAUACUCGUCAGGCAUUCUUCCGCAUCCAUGGCAUUCCAUCGGACCUGGUGUCUGACAGGGGCCCGCAGUUCGUGUCGCGCGUAUGGAAAGCCUUCUGCAAAGCCAUGGGGGCUACAGCAAGCUUGUAAUCAGGGUACCACCCUCAGACGAACGGCCAGACUGAGCGGGCAAACCAAGAUCUUGCAGCUGCUCUUUGGUGCGUCUGCCACCAGCACCCGUCUUCCUGGUCCUCCCAUAUCCCUUGGGUGGAAUAUGCACACAACACGCUCAUCAGCACGGCCACAGGAGUCGAAUGUCUCCAUUCCGUCGGUGCAACAACACCUGAGACGAGCCCAUAGAGUCUGGCGAGACGCUCGUGCGGCACUUUCGAGAACUGCAGUGCGCAACCAGCAGUUGGCUGAUCGUUUCCGGAGACCGGCCCCUCAGUACCAGCCGGGCCAGAAGGUUUGGCUCUCAACUAAGGACUUGAACAUUGCUGGGGUCACCAAAAAGCUGGGUCCCCGUUUCAUUGGACCAUAUGAGAUGGAAAAGGUGGUCAACCCGGUGGCCGUGAGGCUAACGCUCCCUCCGUCGAUCAAAAUCCAUCCGGUCUUCCAUGUCUCCCUGCUGAAGCCUGUCUCCUCCAGCCCACUAUGUCCCCCGGAAUCGCCUCCUCCACCUCCACGUCUGAUCGACGGUGACCCGGUCUACACCGUGAGGUCCAUUUUAGACUCCAGGAGAAGGGGCAGGGGGGUUCAAUAUCUUGUCGACUGGAAGGGCUACGGUCCUGAGGAACGUCAAUGGGUCACCCGCUCCUGGAUCCCUCGGUCAUCCGCGACUUUCAUGCGCGCUGUCCCGGGAAGCCAGGUGGGUCGCCAGGGGGCGCCCGUUGAGGGGGAGUACUGUCACGUUCCGCCGCUGUGGCAGGGUACCAAGACCACAGUAGACCCACCCAGGGCUGAGACUGAACAAUUCUGGAAGAGUAUCUGGGAAAAAGAGGCGUCUCACAACACUAAGGCCCAAUGGCUGGCAGACCUACAGUCAGAACAUCGCAACAUCCCAGAACAAGGCCCAGUACUCAUCACAACAGCAGACAUCCAGACAAGACUGUCCAAGAUGAAGAACUGGACAGCUCCGGGGCCUGACAAGAUUCAUGCCUACUGGCUUAAGAAGCUAACUGCCGACCCCCAGAAGGGAACAGUACCAUCCAACUACCGGCCUAUCACCUGCCUCAGCACCACAUGGAAGCUCCUAUCAGACAUCAUAGCAGCUAAAAUGAGCAGGGCACAGAAAGGGAUUGCCAAUAACACCAGGGGAGCCAAGCACCACCUACUGGUGGACAGGGCAGUCGCCAGGGACUGCAAAGCUCGGAGCACCAAUCUGUGCACUGCCUGGAUUGACUACAAGAAAGCCUAUGACUCAAUGCCACACACCUGGAUACUGGAAUGCUUGAAGCUGUAUAACAUCAACAGGACACUAAGGACCUUCCUCCAGAACUCGAUGGGGCUGUGGAAGACAACUCUAGAAGCCAACUCGAAGCCAGUUGCACAUGUGAGCAUCAAAUGCGGUAUCUACCAAGGAGAUGUUCUGUCACCCCUGCUGUUCUGCAUAGGCCUAAACCCCUUCAGCCAGAUCAUCACCAAGAGUGGUUUCGGUGAUGGGUCUUGCUGCAAAAAAGGUUAUGAGUGGGUACCUGCCAGUGGCUGCGUGGACAUUGACGAGUGCUCGCUUCCUGAUAUGCCAUGCGGAGCACCUCAGUUUUGCCAGAACACACCAGGCUCCUAUGAAUGCCUACAGAGUUCCUCACUCUCCAGAUCUGACCUUUCCUCAUCAGUCCAAUUCACUUGCGGAAACAGAGAAUGUCCAGCAGGCAUGGACUGCAUUGAAAAUAAUGGCACAAGCUGCGCUGACCCCUGCGAGACCUACACAGUCUUGGAUGAUGAGUGGCGUUCAACAUUUUAUGUAGCCCCUCGACCUGACCUUGCAAAAUGUGACCGAAAUGUUGAGUGGCAAGGCUGGUAUCGCUUAUUCCUCAGACACAAAAGUGCAAAAAUUCCUGAGAGAUUUAUCGAUGAAGACAAAUGUGGAACCAUUCGACCCAUGUCGCUAGCAGAACCACAUCCCACACAGUCAGAUGUCAUUGUAUCUCGAACGAGCAGCUUCCAACUACUAUGUCUACAAACUUGUGGAGCCAAGGACGUGUUUUCGGGCAUACUGUUCAGGUACAAAGAAAUUAUUGUUUUAAGUCUGUUAGUAUACAUGUUUUCCUGGUUGAUUAACAUUUUUUUUUUCUCAGAGGUUAGUGACACAAGUUCUUUAACGACACCUGAAGCUUCAAUGGUGCCAAAAACAACUGUCACUAAAACAACUACGAACAGGAUGACAACUGACUCUAUCAUCAUUGACAAUACAGAAGACCACACUCAAUCCACAACAACUCCCACUGGUAGGCCUACAACCUAUUCUUUCCCAACAACGACAAUCCCCACAGUAGAUGAGGGGGAAGUCCGCCUCGCUAAUGGAGGAAACGGCUCCUGCUCUGGCAGAGUGGAAAUCUUCCUCCGUGGACAGUGGGGAACAGUAUGUGACGAUAUUUGGGACAUGAAUCAUGCACAAGUGGUGUGCAGACAGCUGGGCUGUGGCAGGGCCCUAGCAGCACACCACGGGGGUUAUUUUGGACAAGGAACAGGGCCUAUUUGGUUGGAUAGUGUCAGAUGCAAUGGAAGUGAAUCAAAGCUUAAUGAGUGCAGUCACCAAGGUAUUGGAUCACACAACUGUCGUCAUCUUGAAGAUGCUGGUGUGACUUGUGAAGUUUCUAGUCUUUUGGGUUCUCCAAGCCUAAUUCUUUAUCUAAUUGUUGUUGUUGUGCUAGCUGCUUCACCUGUGAGGCUGGUCAACUCUAACAACCGCUGCUCCGGAAGGGUUGAGGUCUACCAUAAUGGACAAUGGGGAACUGUGUGUGACGACAUAUGGGAUUUAACCAAUGCCAAAGUGGUGUGCAGACAACUGGACUGUGGUAGGGCUCGUUCAGCACUACAAAGUGCAGCUUUUGGUCAGGGCACUGGACCUAUCUGGUUGGAUGAUGUCCGUUGUUUUGGAAAUGAAACUUCAAUAACAAGCUGCAGCCAUCUUGGAUUUGGAAGGCACAAUUGUGCUCACAGGGAGGAUGCCAGUGUUGUUUGUGAAGGCACCCUAACUUCACUCAGGAUUUCUCACCUUGUUUGUGGCCCUGACAAAAUUCAAGUAGGCUUGGCCUCAACAAGCGUAGAAAGUGCUGGUUAUGAUCCACUCUCCGGCAACCUGGCUGUUCGAAACUGUUCUUGGGUCAGGGUGCAAGGUGAUAUCGUGUGGUACGAAGCUGAUGCACGAGCAGAUACCUGCGGAAACAGACUAACGAUGAACAGCACACAUGCAAUCUACUCCAAUAGCUUAUUUAUCUACCCUUUGAACAACACAUUCUUCUCUCCCGCUGCGAGUCUUUCUUUCUCUUGUGCAUAUCCCUUGGACACAGACAGCACGCUAAAUGUGGCCGCCAGACCAGUCCUAAAUCUGGACGGUGGGCUUUCCGGAUCAGGUGACAAAGCCAGAGCAUCCAUGAUCCUCUUCCGGGACUCUAACUUUACCGAGCCUUAUUCAGCGGGUGCGGUCGUUCUUCCCGUGGGCUCCCCAAUGCAUGUGGAGGUCUCUGUGCAGAAGAAAGAUCCCAGCUUGGCAGUUGUUUUGGAGGAUUGCUUUGCUUCUCAUUCUUCAGACCCUGACUUUCUUCACCGAUAUUCUCUUAUCCACAACAAAUGUUCCACUGAUCGCCAACAAGUGUUUGUGAUUGAGAGUGGUUCAUCCCUGCGGGCUCGUUUCACUGCCCUAUUCUUCCUGGUUGAUGGGGAAUACCGAGACAUUUACCUCCACUGUACCCUAGGCCUGUGUGACCAGAGGAGGUUCUCGUGCAUUCCGCCUUGCACAAGGAGAGAACAACGCUCUAUCUCAAACUCUGCUCCAAUGAAGCCACUCACCAUCGGUCCAAUUACUUUGGCAGCUGCGCACUCCUCCGACGUCGGCCGUCAUUCUCCUGCUGCUUCCCCGGCAAACGAGCUCUCCUGCCCGCAGCAGAGGAACGACGGGCUUAAACAGGGGAGUCUGAAAGAGAAGGGGAACUUGGAGGAGAAGUCUCCACUGCAGGUGUUUCAACUGGCCAACUCUGAGGCGGCACAUGUAGUGGAGCAGGUGGACAAAAAGGCAGGGCCCCUGACCAAGCAGGAAAGGGAAGAGCACAAAACCUUUGAAAGCUUUGAGCCUCCGGAAGGUGGUGUUGCAGGUUCAGGUGACCACGCCAGAGCCUCCAUGAGCCUAUUUCGGAAGGCCAACUUCACUGAGCCUUUUUCACUGGGUGUAGUCUUGCUUCCAUUGGGUUUACCAUUCUAUGUUGGGGUCUCUGUUCAUAAGACAGAUACUAGCUUAGCAGUUGUUUUGGAGGACUGCUUUGCCUCUCAUUCCACAAACCCUGACUACCCUGAGAGAUACUCUCUUAUCAACAACAAGACUCCAUCCUUGUCCAGAUUGCCAGGACUCCAUCCUUGUCCAGAUAACAAGAUAGAGGUCGACUCAUUGUCCAAUAUGGGGAUGCCUAAAGGAGUAUUAUUGUUCCUGAUAUUGCAGCUCAUUACAAGAGGAUCCGGUUCUGUUGUUUCCAGCUGUGAUGUAUGCCAUAAAAAAGCAAGAUGCCAAAAGUCGCAUGAACAAGGCGACUCCUCUACAGGCUUCUUGUGUGUCUGCAAAGAUGGCUUUGUUGGCGACGGUUUCAGCUGUUACAAUACCUUAUUCUGUAGUGAUGGGUCUUGCUGCAAAAAAGGUUAUGAGUGGGUACCUGCCAGUGGCUGCGUGGACAUUGACGAGUGCUCGCUUCCUGAUAUGCCAUGCGGAGCACCUCAGUUUUGCCAGAACACACCAGGCUCCUAUGAAUGCCUACAGAGUUCCUCACUCUCCAGAUCCGACCUUUCCUCAUCAGUCCAGUUCACUUGUGGAAACAAAGAAUGUCCAGCAGGCAUGGACUGCAUUGAAAAUAAUGGCACAAGCUGCGCUGACCCCUGCGAAACCUACACAGUCUUGGAUGAUGAGUGGCGUUCGACGCUUUAUUCAGCCCCUCAACCUUACCUUGCAAAAUGUGACCGAAAUGUUGAGUGGCAAGGCUGGUAUCGCUUAUUCCUUAGACAAAAUAGUGCACAUAUUCCUGAGAGAUUUAUCCAUGAAGACAAAUGUGGAACCAUUCGACCCUUGUCGCUAGCAGAACCACAUCCCACACAGUCGGAUGUCAUUGUAUCUCGGAGGGUGUGUUUUUCCUGGAAUUAUGAAUGCAUCAAUUCAGUGAGAAUUCAUGUGAAGCUCUGCUCUAGAGCAGCUUCCAACUACUAUGUCUACAAACUUGUGAAGCCAAGCACGUGUAUUCGGGCAUACUGUUCAGAAGUUAGUGACACAAGUUCGUUAACGACACCUGAAGCUUCAAUGGUGCCAAACACAACUGUCACUAAAACAACUACGAACAGGAUGACAACUGACUCUAUCAUCAUUGACAAUACAGAAGACCACACUCAAUCCACAACAACUCCCACUGGUAGGCCUACAACCUAUUCUUUCCCAACAACGACAAUCCCCACAGUAGAUGAGGGGGAAGUCCGCCUUGCUAAUGGAGGAAACAGCUCCUGCUCUGGCAGAGUGGAAAUCUUCCUGCGUGGACAGUGGGGAACAGUAUGUGAUGAUAUUUGGGACCUGAAGCAUGCACAAGUGGUGUGCAGACAGUUGGGGUGUGGCAGGGCCCUGGCAGCACCACAAGGGGGUUAUUUUGGACAAGGCACAGGGCCUAUUUGGUUGGAUAGUGUCAGAUGCACUGGAAGUGAAACAAAGCUUAAUGAGUGCAGUCACCAAGGUAUUGGAUCACACAACUGUCGUCAUUUUGAAGAUGCUGGUGUGAUUUGUGAAGCUGCUUCACCUGUGAGGCUGGUCAACUCCGACAACCGCUGCUCUGGAAGGGUUGAGGUCUACCAUAAUGGACAAUGGGGAACUGUGUGUGAUGACAUAUGGGAUUUAACCAAUGCCAAAGUGGUGUGCAGACAACUGGACUGUGGUAGGGCUCGUUCAGCACUACAAAGUGCAGCUUUUGGUCAGGGCACUGGACCUAUCUGGUUGGAUGAUGUCCGUUGCUUUGGAAAUGAAACGUCAAUAACUAGCUGCAGACAUCUUGGAUUUGGAAGGCACAAUUGUGCUCACAGGGAGGAUGCCAGUGUUAUUUGUGAAGGCACCCAAACUUCACUCAGGAUUUCUCACCUUGUUUGUGGCCCUGACAAAAUUCAAGUAGGGUUGGACUCAACAGGCGUAAAAAGUGCUGGUUAUGAUCCACUCUCCGGCAACCUGGCAGUCCGAAACUGUUCUUGGGUCAGGGUGCAAGGUGAUAUCGUGUGGUACGAAGCUGAUGCACGAGCAGAUACCUGCGGAAACAGACUGACGAUGAACAGCACACAUGCAAUCUACUCCAAUGGUUUAUUUAUCUACCCUUUGAACAACACAUUCUUCUCUCCUGCUGCGAGUCUUUCCUUCUCGUGUGCAUAUCCCUUGGACACAGACAGCACGCUAAAUGUAGCCGCCAGACCAUUCCUAAAUCUGGAAGGUGGUCUUUCCGGAUCAGGUGACAAAGCCAGAGCCUCCAUGAUCCUCUUCCGGGACUCUAACUUUACCGAGCCUUAUUCAGCGGAUGCGGUCGUUCUUCCCGUGGGCUCCCCAAUGCAUGUGGAGGUCUCUGUGCAGAAGAAAGAUCCCAGCUUGGCAGUUGUUUUGGAGGAUUGCUUUGCUUCUCAUUCCUCAGACCCUGACUUUCUUCACCGAUACUCUCUUAUCCACAACAAAUGUUCCGCUGACCGCCAACAAGUGUUUGUGAUUGAGAGUGGUUCAUCCCUGCGGGCUCGUUUCACUGCCCUAUUCUUUCUGGUUGAUGGAGAAUACCGAGACGUUUACCUCCACUGUACCCUAGGCCUGUGUGACCAGAGGAGGUUCUCCUGCAUUCCGCCUUGCACAAGGAGAGGACAACGCUCUAUCUCAAACUCUGCUCCAAUGAAGCCACUCACCAUCGGUCCAAUCACUUGGCAGAAAUCAUCUGAAUGACAUCCAGUAAAAGAACAACACUGUUUGAAUAGUCCAGUACACAGCAACAUCGGUGGCAAAGUGUAAGGAAGUUCAUCUAAAUGACAAGAAAUUGAAUCACUUCAUAAGCUACUCCUAAAGUAUUCAAAUGACCAAAAAGUGGAUGUAUAAUUUUAUACUUGUAGGAUUAAAAUUAAAAAGCAAAGAUUGAAAAUGUUUUCCUUUCUGCAUUUCUGCAUGUCCUUAUUGAUCAAAUUGUAUGUGGCGCAAAGUGGAAACAUUGCUAC